GACGUGAAAGUCAUCAUGGCCACAAACCGGAUGGAGACUUUGGGCCCAGCACUUAUCAGACCAGGCCGCAUCGACAGGAAGAUCGAGUUCCCCUUGCCCGAUGAAAAGACGAAGAAGCGCAUCUUUCAGAUCCACACGAGCAGGAUGACACUAGCCGACGACGUAACCCUGGAUGACUUGAUCGUGGGUAAAGAUGACCUCUCUGGUGCCGACAUCAAGGCAAUCUGUACGGAAGCUGGUCUGAUGGCCUUGAGAGAACGUAGGAUGAAAGUAACAAAUGAAGACUUCAAAAAGUCUAAAGAAAAUGUUCUUUAUAAAAAACAAAAAGGCACCCCUGAGGGGCUCUAUCUCUAGUGGACCACGGCUGCCUUCCAGGAAAAGGUUGGAAGUGUG